AUGAUGAGCAUCUGAUCGUCUUCAGAGACACAAAGAUCUCAGUGUUGAGCUGUUCAUCUGCAGUAUGUCAGAGAAGAGAGGAAAGAUGAGUCUCUCACACAAACAGAGUGUAAGAUCAGACUCACAUGUGUCCAGCUCUGUGUCUGUGAAGAGUGACCGGUCAAAGGAAGACGGACCAGACUUCAGUGAAGAAACAACAUCACGAACCAAAUGGCUUCAGUAUGAAACAUUAGAUCCAGAUUUACAGUCUCACAGGAAACACAAGAAUUAUACAGACAGUCUCCUGCAGAUCUUCCAGGAUCUUGAGAUCAAAGUAAUCAAAUUUCUGAAGAAAGAACUGGAAAAGUUUAAGAAAAUAUUACAAAAAGAGGACAUGCAAUACUUUGUGAAGGACUUUAAUGAGAACAGAUGCAGUAUGAAAGAAGCAGCUCUUGAUCUCACGCUCUACUUCCUGAGAGAGAUGAAGCAAGAUGAAGCUGCUGAUACUCUAGAAGAUGAGCUGAUCUUCAUUCAUCAGCUAAAGUGUAGCCUAAAGAAGAAGUCUCAAUGUGUGUCUGAAGGAAUUGCAAAGCAAGGAGACUCUACACUUCUGAAGAACAUCUACACAGAUCUCUAUAUCACUCAGGGUUGUAGUGAACAGGUCAAUACUGAACAUGAGGUGAGACAGAUUGAAGUUGCUUCCAGACGUCAUGAAUCACAGGAGAUACAGGUUGAGUGCAAACAUUUGUUUGAAGCACCUGAACAAGACAAGCAGAUCAGAACUGUACUGACAAAAGGAGUUGCUGGCAUCGGAAAAUCAGUCUCUGUGCAGAAGUUUGUUCUGGAUUGGGCCGAAGGAAAAGAAAAUCAAGAUAUCAGCUUCAUAUUUCCUCUUCCAUUUAGAGAGAUGAACUUAAAGGAGCAAGAAAAACUAAGUUUGAGGGACCUUAUAACUCAGUUUUUCCCAGAGACAAAAGGACUGAACCUUACAAGAAGAAAUCAAUUCAAAGUCUUGUUCAUUCUUGAUGGAUUGGAUGAAUGUCGACUUCCUGUAAGCUUUAAGGAUAAUGAGACGUGGUCUGAUGUUUCAUCACCAGCCUCUCUGGAUGUUCUCCUGACGAACCUCAUCAAGGGAAAUCUGCUUCCUUCUGCUCUGAUCUGGAUCACCAGCAGACCAGCAGCUGCCAGUAAGAUUCCUCCUGACUGUAUCGACCGGCUGACAGAGAUACGAGGAUUCAAUGAUGCACAAAAGGAGGAGUACUUCAGAAAAAGAUUCACGCAUGAGAAUCAGGCCAAAGAAAUCAUUGAUCAUGUUAAACAAUCAAAGAGUCUCUUUAUCAUGUGCCACAUCCCAGUCUUCUGCUGGAUUUCAGCCACUGUUCUCCAGAACAUUUUACAGGAGAAAAGAAAUAAUGUUGUGAAAAACAAUCAGGCUGAUGAUGUCUCCAAAACACUGCAGGAGUCAAAUACUGAAGACACUCCUAAGACUCUGACACAAAUGUACACACACUUCCUCAGAUUUCAGAUCCAGCAGAGCAGACGAAAGUAUGAUGGAGAACAUACACCAGAUGUUUCCUGGGAUAAAGAUGCCAUCUUUUCACUGGGGAAACUGGCAUUUGAUCAGCUGGAAAGAAACAAUGUGAUCUUCUAUGACACAGAUCUGGAAGCCUGUGGUAUUGACGUCUAUAAGGCAUCAGUGUACUCCGGCAUGUGUACCCAGAUCUUUAAGGAGGAAACAGGGAUCACUCUUGGUACCAUGUACUGCUUCGUUCACUUGAGCAUUCAAGAGUUUAUUGCAGCCCUUUAUGCACAUCUGUUUCUAGACAUCAACAAGAAAUAUGUGUUUGAUCAAGACUCUACAGAACAGGGAAACAAAAGUGAAACCAUGAUUGAUUUGCUCAAGACUGCAGUAGACAAGACACUAGAGAGUGAUAAUGGACACCUGGAUCUUUUUCUUCGCUUCCUCCUUGGUUUGUCACUCCAGUCCAAUCAGAGACUCUUACAGGGUCUGUUGAAACAGAAAAAUGGAAAUGAGCAGAGCAAAAAGGAAAUAGUUCAGUACAUCAAGCAGAAAUUAGAGUCUAAUCUGUCUCCAGAGAGAUCCAUCAAUCUGUUCUACUGUCUGAAUGAACUGAACGACCAAACUCUGGUGAAAGACAUUCAGACCCACCUUAGCAAAGGAAGUCUCUCAUCUGCUGAUCUUUCACCUGCCCAGUGGUCUGCUUUGGUCUUUGUGUUGUUGACAUCAGAGGAGGAGCUGGAGGAGUUUGAGCUUCAGAAAUUCAAGAAAUCAGAAAUGUGUCUCAUUAGAUUAUCAGCAGUCAUCAAAACCUGCAAAAGAGCUCUGUUAAAUGAUUGUGGCUUAACAGACAAAAGCUGUCAAGCUCUGGCUUCAGUUCUUGGAUCAGAUACCAAUCUGAAAGAGCUGAACAUGAACAAUAAUAAUCUUCAGGAUUAUGGAGUUAAGAUGCUCUGCACUGGAUUGAAUAAUAUUAAUUGCAAAUUAGAGAUACUGAGACUUUCAGACUGCAGUAUAUGUGAAAAAGGUUAUAAAGCUCUGUCUUCAGCUCUGAGAUCAAACCCUUCACACCUGAUAGAGCUGGAUCUCACAGGAAAUGAUCCUGGAGAAUCAGGAGUGAAGAAGCUCAGUGAUUUACUACAGGAUCCAAACUGUCAACUCAACACACUGAGACUUUCAGACUGCAGUAUAUGUGAAAAAGGUUAUAAAGCUCUGUCUUCAGCUCUGAGAUCAAACCCUUCACACCUGAUAGAGCUGGAUCUCACAGGAAAUGAUCCUGGAGAAUCAGGAGUGAAGAAGCUCAGUGAUUUACUACAGGAUCCAAACUGUCAACUCAACACACUGAGGUUUUUGGGUCCUGCUGCAGAUGAAGGCUGUCAGUAUGUGACUGGAAUUGUGGGUAAAAACCCGUUACUCCUGAGAGAGCUGAAUCUGAGUGGACGUAAACUAGGAGACACAGGAGUGAAUCACAUCUCUGCUCUACUGCAGGAUAAACACUGUACACUCAACACACUGAUUCUGUGUGAAUGCAGUAUUACAGAGAAACAGUGUCUCAUCCUGACUUCAGCUCUGAAAUCAAACCCAUCACACCUGAGAGAACUGAAGCUGAGCAGGAAUAAACUACUAGGAGACUCUGGAGUGAAACACCUCAGUGAUCUACUGAUGAACACACAAUUGAAGCUGGAGAAACUAGAUCUGUGUGGAUGCAGUAUUACAGAGAAACAGUGUCUCAUCCUGACUUCAGCUCUGAAAUCAAACCCAUCACACCUGAGAGAACUGAACCUGAGCUGGAAUCAACUACUAGGAGACUCUGGAGUGAAACACCUCAGUGAUCUACUGAUGAACACACAAUUCAAGCUGGAGAAACUACAUCUGUGUGGAUGCAGUAUUACAGAGAAACAGUGUCUCAUCCUGACUUCAGCUCUGAAAUCAAACCCAUCACACCUGAGAGAACUGAACCUGAGUCUGAAUGAACUACUAGGAGACUCUGGAGUGAAACACCUCAGUGAUCUACUGAUGAACACACAAUUCAAGCUGGAGAAACUAGAUCUGUGUGAAUGCAGUAUUACAGAGAAACAGUGUCUCAUCCUGACUUCAGCUCUGAAAUCAAACCCAUCACACCUGAGAGAACUGAAGCUGAGCAGGAAUAAACUACUAGGAGACUCUGGAGUGAAACACCUCAGUGAUCUACUGAUGAACACACAAUUCAAGCUGGAGAAACUAGAUCUGUGUGGAUGCAGUAUUACAGAGAAACAGUGUCUCAUCCUGACUUCAGCUCUGAAAUCAAACCCAUCACACCUGAGAGAACUGAACCUGAGCAGGAAUCAAAUAAAAAACCCAGGAGUGAAUCACUUAUGUGACGUACUGAAGGAUUCACGCUGUAAACUGGAGAGAUUGAGUCUUAUUUACUGUGACAUUACAGAUGUUUCUUCUUUAACUCAGUCUUUGACAAAAACAAAAGCUCUGCAGUUUCUAAAAGAGCUUGAUCUGAGACACAAUAAGAUUAGAGACUCAAAGCAGAAGCUCAUUGAUGUGCUACGAGACUCAAACUGUGAACUGAUGUGA